AUGAGCAUUUUGCAAGAAAGGGAGGAUAUUAAUAAUCCAUAUAGUUCUGAGUAUUAAUCAAUAGCUCGUAUUCCAUCUUAACCUUCUGUUGCAAAUUGGAGAAGAUAUACUUUUACCAUAAAGGAAAAACAAUAUUUUUACUAAGGGCCAUUAAAUGAGGAGACAGAAGAAUUAAUAUAAGUUUUGUAAAAUUAUGAGAAUUUGGAUAAUGACACUGCAAAAAAUUUUUAUAGAUCCCUUUCUAAAUUAUGUUUAGAUUGUGAUAGAAAAUUCUAUAAAUCAUGGAGCUGCUUUAAUUAACGGUUGAAAUUUGAUACUAAUUAAAUUAUAAUUACGAUAGUAUAUUGGAGUGCAUAUUUUAGUGUCCUUUCAGAAUCAUUAGUAUUUUAUAUUUUUAAAUUUAGGAAUUAAAUAAUGAUUCGAAUGUAAUGUAAGAUCAGUUAAAGAAAGAUAUUGUCAAAUAUUUACCUUUAUAUGCAUUCUUGUUCACAUUGUUCUCAUAAAUGUAAAAAAAUAAAAAUUAUUUUUAAUAGUUGUUAAUAAAUCAAAAAUUUUUAUAUUUGGAUUUUAUUGUUUAUAUCUCUAAUAAUAAUACCUUUAUUGUUUUUAAUUGGCUAUCAUUUUAAUUUUUUUGAAUGGAAUAGCUCACCUUCUUAUGAUUAUAUAGGAAUAGGAUUUUGCAUAUUAAGUUUUCUCAUAUUUAUAAAUUCUCUAUUUAAUAUAGGUUUUCAUUCAAUAAUCUCUCAAUUAAGUUCAAAAUUGAUAGCUACUUUAUUUAAUUGCAGUUUCUGUAUUCUCGUGAUAUAUUUUAUACUUUUUAAAAUAAUAGUUUUUAUCCUAUAGCUUAAUACAAAUAAAAUUGAAUAUAUAAUAGAGAAAAUAUCAGAUUUGAUUGCUCCACAAUUGUUUAUAAUAAUGUUAAUUUACUCGAUAUUAUUAAUUAAAGCAUUAUUUACUACAAGUCCUGAACAAAUUGAAAAUGACUUAAAAUUAUUAUCACUGAAUAAUUAACCAAAUUCAGAAAUAAAAAAGAGAUAUUAUAGUUAUAUAUUAAAUAAAAAAGCAAUUAAUUUAAUUAAAACAUUAAAACUAACAACAGUUGCACCAAUAUUAAUAACAAUAAGUUAUUUAACUCUCGAAAUCUAUUUUUAUUCAGCAUGGCUUUAUUUUAAAUCAAUAUAGAAUUAUGAAUUAACAAUAACAUAUGGAUGUUUAUUUAUAGCAAUACCUAUAUUUAUGUCUUUUGGAGUUUGUUUAGCUAAUUCUAAUGUAAAUCCACUAAACUUAUAUUUAUAUAGUUCACUAUUAUUAGGUUCAUGUUUCAGUAUUCUAACAAUUAAAGUUUGGAACUUAACAUAUGAUACUUAAUAUUUCAAAUCAAUUACUAGAUUAUUUGGCAUAUGUCCUUUAAUAAUAACUUUGAUAUGGUUGACAAUUGCAUAUUUUCGAUCAUGGAGGAGGAAUUAAAAAAUGUUAGUUUUAACAAUCUCUUGUUAUUUUUUUGCAUUUCCUAUUGGAAUAUUAAUAACAUUAUCUUAAGCACUUGAUGAUUCUUCAAUUUAUACUGCUUUUGUUGUAUUGAUUAUCAUAGGAUGUGUUCCAAUAGCAGUGUUUAUAAUAUAUUAUUUUAUUAUAGUUAUGAUUUAUAUAGUCAAAUUACCUCAAUAAGCUUUAAAUUUAAAUUUUGUUGCAUUUCAAUAUGUAAAUUUAACUAAUUUAGCAAUCUGGUUUAAUUCAAUGUUCUAUAUAGUAGGAUUUUAUUUUACAUGUUACUUUGUUUGGAAUGAACCUGUUACGGCUACUGGUACAAAAAAAGGAGCUGUAAUUAUUAUUUUAUUAUUAAAGCUAUAAGGUCUUCUUGUUAUUUAAACAGUCUUAUUUAUUUUAACAAAAAAAGCUUUGGAAAUUAAAAUACAUGAUAAUUCAAGUGAUUAGAGAGGAGAAUAAUAAAAAUUAUUAGAAAGAAUUGACAAUUUAAUUAGAAGUGGAAUAUUUUAUUCAUUUGUGAUAUUCUUGCCUAUUGGAUUAAGUUUAGAUGAUGAAACAACUAAAAAUGCUUUAAUUUCUAUUGCUGUAGGUUUACCAAUAACUUUUAUCUAUUUUAAUUUUUUGAUAUAUUUGAAAAAAGAGCUGAAUGAAUUUUAAGAUUUUCUUUAGCCUUUGAUUAUCAUACUUAUGGAGAUUUUUAUUAUUGCACCAAUAGGAAUAAUAUUUCCAAUAUUGGCUGAUAUUUAUGAAAAUUCUUCAUAUUAAUUUGCAGUAUUUGCAUAAUUAGCUGUAGCUUAUACAAUUUUAAUAACAAUUAUAAUAAAUACUUGCAUAUCAAAUAUUUAUUCUGUUUUAUUGAAUAAAGAAUAAUUAGAAAUGAAAAAGAAGGAAGUACUUAAAAUUAUAAUGUAACUUUUGGCUAAUCACAAAGUGUAAUCAACAGAAGAGAUUUGUACAUUAAUAUUUUUAAGGUAUAUUCAACAAAAUAAUCCAAUAAAAUUAAAAAAUGAUUUGAAAUAGGGGGAUCCUGUGAAUGUUUAUGAUUAUCCAGGAGUAGAUAAAGGUAGAAUGUUUGAAGAACAAUUAGUGUCUAAAUUAGAGUAUGAAAAUAAAAAAAAAUUAGAACAAAUAUCUAAAUAAUAAAAGGGAGUUAAUAAUAGUCUUUUAGAUGAAACUGAUGAAUUCAAAAAAUCUACAUUAAAUAAUGAUGAUGAUUAAUCUAAUAAUUUUAGUAAUAGAAUAUUAGAUUCUGUUUUUGAAUGUGUAUUUUGUAAAUGUGGUUUGGAAGAAAUAGAAGAAAUUGAAAAAAAUAAAUAAUAAUUAGAUGUAGAAUUAUUAGAAUUAGAUAAUUGGAAAGAAACGAAAUCUAAAUAAAUUUAAGGAAUUGCUUAACCUAAUGAAGCUGAUCUAAGAUCUGCUAGCGAUUUAGAUUUUUAUACUGCAUUAAGAACUAAAUAUAAAGAUAGAACUGAAAGAUUUUGGGCUGCCAUAUAUAGUAAGUUUAGAAAUAAUUUAAAUGUUGUUUUAGAUUAUUUAGAUUUAGAAAGAAAUGAUGAUAUUUUAAAAUAAUACAAAAGUUUUAAGGUUAUUGAAGAAGAUAAUAAUUUUACUAUGUCAUAGAAUGAUUUUGCACUUUUUCUUUAUGAUAAUUUCUAAAGAGAUGAUUAGACAAAUUAUUAUAAUUUAAUUUGGGAAAUGGCAGUCAAAAAGUAUUAUUUAUUUGUUUAUAAUUAUAAUGAUAUAAGAUAAAUUUUAAAAUUACUCUAAAAUAAUAAUAAUACACCAUUUCAUUAAAAAAAUUUUUAAAUUCCUUCUGAUUCUAAGGGAUAAAUAAGAAAAAAAUUAGGAAAAAAAGAAAGAAUACAAAGUAACAAUUAAAUUGAUUUACAAUAUUAAUAAAAAAAAUAAAAUAUUGAGAGAGCUUUUUAAUAAAAAAUUCCAAAAAAUUUUAAAGUUAAAUUUUGGCAAUGUUGUUAAAAAAUUAAUCAAAUCUUUUGGGUUAAACCUAGAGUUUAUUCUUAAUAACUUGUAAAUUAAUUAGUAAAUUCAUUAUUUUAAAAAAUAACCCCACCUGAACCAGAAUAAGAUAAGAUAAAAUUAAAUGUAAAAUGGGAAUAAUUAGCUGAAGAGGUUGGAAAUUGUUUGGUUGAAUAAUGUAAUAAAUUUGAUAAGAAAAUAAAAGAUUAAGAAUUUAUAUUUAAAUUUACAUCUACUAAUAUAUUAGCUGUUUUUUUGAGAAUUUAUGAUUUAUAUGGUUUAGCCACUCUAGCAUUUGAUUCAUAAGUAGGAUGGUUUGGAAAUUCAUAAACUUUUAAUCCAAUAAAAAUGGUUGAUUAUUCAGCAAUUUGGAGUGAAUAUAAUUUAUUUUUCUUUUUAGCUCUUUUUUUUAGCUUAAUUUAUAUUAUUUUGGGAGUUGAGGCAGCAAAAUAAAUAGCUAAUAAUACAUUUGGAUUUGAUGAAAAUGGAAUUAUUGCAACCUAUAAAAGUAAAAGAUAUUGGAUAAGUAAAACAAUAUAAAUUAUAAGUGGAUAAUUUCUUUUUGUUAUGAAAAGUUAUAUAGACGCUUUCAUUUGUGAUUAUAGUUCAUAUCCUUAUACAUUGGUAAGAUACCCUAGUGUUGAAUGCAUGAGCGAUUUCCAUUUUAUGUAUGUUAGUUUAGCAAUAUUUGGAUGUAUUAUUUAUUACCCACUAUCUUCAUAUUUAUAACCUACAUUUUAAUAUAUGGAUCACUCUUUAGAUUUAAAAUACAAAUCUAAUUAUGCUGUUUUAUAUAUUUAGGCUAAAUUAUUAGUGUUAGGUAUGACUACUGUGUUUUCAAAUCUAUAAGAGUAAGCAUAUUAAUAUUAAAUGCUUUUUUCAAGUAUUGUAAUCCUGAUCCUUAUAUAUUUCCAUAUUAGAAUAUAACCAUGUUAUGUGAAAUGGUUUAAUAAAAUAGAAUUAUGUAUUUUAUCAUUACUAUUUUAUGUAUUUAUUCUUUAAUCUAUUUAGAUGUAUAUUGGAGCAUUUGUUAUCUUAGCAACAGGAUUAAUAAUUACAGGAUGGUUAAUUUUAGUAUGCUUAGGUGGAAUAACAUUAAUUUUUACAAUAAUUUAACUAAUAAGAUAUUAUAAUGAAGCUAAAUAAAUAUAAUCCACUAAAGUUCAACCAAUUAUUGAAGCAACUGAAUAGUCUUAAAUUAUGAAAAAAUGA